UUUCCCUAAGCUGUCCCCUGGUGGAUCCGCUCCCAGUUUUUGCCCAAAAGUUCUUGUGGAAAAGAUGGCUGAUAUUAACUUCAAAGAAGUAACCUUAAUAGUAGGUGUGGUUACUGCAUGCUAUUGGAACAGCCUCUUCUGUGGUUUUGUUUUUGAUGAUGUUUCAGCAAUAUUGGAUAAUAAAGACCUGCAUCCAUCUACACCUUUAAAAACUUUAUUUCAAAAUGAUUUCUGGGGAACUCCUAUGUCUGAGGAAAGAAGCCACAAGUCUUACCGACCCUUAACCGUAUUGACAUUUCGCUUAAAUUAUCUAUUCAGUGAACUAAAACCAAUGUCGUAUCAUCUCUUAAAUAUGAUUUUUCAUGCUGUGGUCAGUGUGAUAUUCCUUAAAGUCUGCAAACUUUUUCUGGAUAAUCGGAGUAGCAUGAUUGCUGCUCUACUUUUUGCAGUGCACCCAAUACACACAGAAGCAGUAACUGGUGUCGUAGGAAGAGCAGAACUACUGUCAUCUAUCUUUUUUCUAGCAGCAUUUUUGUCAUAUACCAAAUCAAAAGGACCAGAUAAUACCAUAGCUUGGACUCCAAUUGCACUGACAGUGUUUUUAGUGGCUGUUGCAACACUGUGUAAAGAACAAGGAAUAACAGUUGUGGGGAUUUGUUGUGUGUAUGAAGUAUUUAUUGCCCAGGGGUAUACUUUGCCAUUAUUAUGUAGUACUGCUGGACAGUUUCUCCGUGGAAAGGGUAGCAUUCCGUUUUCUAUGCUGCAGACACUAAUAAAACUCAUUGUCUUGAUGUUCAGUACGUUAUUGCUUGUUGUGAUUAGAGUCCAGGUUAUUCAGUCCCAACUUCCAGUGUUUACAAGGUUUGAUAACCCAGCUGCUGUAAGCCCAACUCCCACAAGGCAGCUAACUUUCAACUACCUCCUUCCUGUGAAUGCUUGGCUUCUAUUAAAUCCUUCAGAGCUGUGCUGUGAUUGGACCAUGGGAACAAUACCACUUAUAGAGUCAUUUCUAGAUAUUCGAAAUCUUGCUACUUUUGCUUUCUUUUGCUUUCUGGGGGCUUUGGGAAUAUUCAGUCUCCGAUAUCCUGGUGAUUCCUCCAAGACUGUUUUAAUGGCACUUUGUUUAAUGGCAUUGCCAUUUAUUCCAGCAUCAAACCUUUUUUUUCCUGUUGGAUUUGUUGUUGCUGAGCGUGUACUGUAUGUUCCUAGCAUGGGAUUCUGUAUUUUGGUAGCCCAUGGGUGGCAGAAAAUUUUAAACAAAAGUGUAUUUAAAAAACUGUCCUGGGUGUGUCUAUCCAUGGUGUUACUUACUCAUGCCUUAAAAACACUUCACAGAAAUUGGGAUUGGGAGUCUGAAUAUACAUUGUUCAUGUCAGCCUUAAAGGUAAAUAAAAAUAAUGCCAAAUUAUGGAAUAAUGUGGGUCAUGCUCUGGAAAAUGAAAAGAACUUUGAGAGAGCUUUGAAAUACUUUCUACAGGCUACUCAUGUUCAGCCAGAUGAUAUUGGAGCCCACAUGAAUGUAGGAAGAACUUAUAAAAAUUUAAAUAGAACUAGAGAAGCUGAAGAAUCUUACAUGACGGCUAAAUCACUAAUGCCUCAAAUUAUUCCUGGUAAAAAAUAUGCAGCUAGAAUUGCUCCUAACCACCUAAAUGUUUAUAUCAAUCUGGCCAACCUUAUCCGAGCAAAUGAGUCCCGGUUAGAAGAAGCAGAUCAACUUUAUCGACAAGCAAUAAGUAUGAGACCAGACUUCAAACAGGCCUACAUUAGCAGGGGAGAAUUGCUUUUAAAAAUGAAUAAACCUCUCAAAGCAAAGGAAGCAUAUCUUAAAGCACUAGAAUUGGACAGAAAUAAUGCAGAUCUUUGGUACAACCUGGCAAUUGUAUAUAUUGAACUUAAAGAACCAAAUGAAGCCCUAAGAAACUUUAAUCAUGCUUUAGAACUAAAUCCAAAGCACAAACUAGCAUUAUUCAAUUCUGCUAUACUAAUGCAAGAAUCAGGUGAAGUUAAACUCAGACCUGAAGCUAGAAAAAGACUUUUAAACUACGUAAAUGAAGAGCCACAAGAUGCUAAUGGCUAUUUCAAUUUGGGAAUGCUUGCCAUGGAUGACAAAAAGGACACUGAGGCAGAGAUUUGGAUGAAGAAAGCUAUAAAAUUACAAGCCGAUUUCAGAAGUGCUUUGUUUAAUCUGGCUCUCCUGUAUUCUCAGACUGCAAAAGAAUUAAAGGCUUUGCCAAUUUUAGAAGAGUUACUGAGAUACUACCCUGAUCAUAUCAAGGGUCUCAUUUUAAAAGGAGACAUUCUGAUGAAUCAAAAGAAAGAUAUACUUGGAGCAAAAAAAUGUUUUGAAAAGAUUUUGGAGAUGGAUCCAAGCAAUGUGCAAGGAAAACACAAUCUUUGUGUUGUUUAUUUUGAAGAGAAGGAUUUAUUAAAAGCUGAAAAAUGCUUGGUUGAAACAUUGGCAUUAGCACCACAUGAAGAAUAUAUUCAACGCCAUUUGAGUAUAGUCAGGGAUAAAAUUUCCUCAUCUGGUUUUGUAGAACAGCCAGUAUUCCCAGCUGAUAAGACUUCAGGUGAAGAAGGAGACAAACUUCCAGCUGAAAAUAUAAAAGAAAUCAGAAGUGAAUCCAGACCAACACAGAUAAUGAAAACAAUUGAAUCUAAAUCCAAAAAACAAUUAGCAAAAAAUGCAGACAAAGAGACCCCCCAAAAAACAACAAAAGACAUCAAAGAAAUUGAGAAGAAGAGAGUUGCUGCUUUAAAAAGACUAGAAGAAAUUGAACGUAUUUUAAAUGGAGAAUAGCAUUAUUCUUUAUAAUGUGACAUUGGUAUCAAAAACUUCAAUCUAUAUCAUGUGAUUGAUUGUACUGGGAGCUUUGAAAAAUAUCAAGAAUAUGUAACAGUCUAUCAUGGGCUGCCUCUACAUUGGAUCAAAAUAAGAUUUUUCAUUAAAGACCUGUCUUACCCCAA